GUAAAUUGCUAGGCAACUCGCUACUUUUCCGAAUAUCGAAGCUGAUUGCUAGGCAACGCGCUUUUCGAAAGAAGCACAAAUUCAUCACUUCCUGCUUUCGAACAAAAAUGCGAUAUGCGGAACUUUGUUUUGGGUCUGAGAUCAUUACGUAAUGUCAAUGUAUUGUUCUUCUAUCGUGUAGAAGAGGUCUGCUGAACGAAAAUAGCCUUGACUCUUGAUUAUCGUUAUAUUUAUAUUUGAGAGGCUGUCAGUCUGUGAGCAAUGUCUCUGAGCUGGAGGUGUGCCGUGACCCUGGGCCGUCUGGUGCCUGCUGCCCGCCCAGCCGUGCUGGUACCGUCGAUGCGCUGCUCCUCGACGUCGACCCCGGGCGGCUCCGACUCCGGCCUGUAUGAACCUGAGGGCAUCAAGGAGCCGUGGAUCCCCGAGUACCAGCCGAGGGCGGACGAGCACACGGAGACCAAACGUUCCAGGCUGCUGUACCAGUCUCGGAAGCGCGGUAUGCUGGAGAACGGCCUGGUACUGAGCACCUUCGCCAGCCGCUACCUGGCCGGCAUGACCGAGACGCAGCUGGACGCCUACGACAAGCUCAUCAACCAGCCGUCCAACGACUGGGACAUCUACUACUGGGCCACCGGCGUCCGAGAAACCCCGGCCGAGUUUGACGGCGAGAUCAUGACCCUGCUGAAGGAGUUCAUCAAGAACAAGGACAGGGAGAGCCGGAUAGCCCAGCCGGACCUCUACGAAAAGUUCGAGGACAAGGCGCAGUGAGAGAAAAGUCGAAUGAGCUAAGUUAAGUUGAUGAGGUGUGGACUGUGUACGAGGGUCUGCUGUUUAGGUUCAAGGUGCUUCGAGCUCGCGUCAAUGUAUACAUGGUACAAGUCUUAGCUACGAGCUCGUAUGUGAACUAUUUCUUUGUGACUUAUCACAUAUUUACAUUGUAUGGAGUGAACGAAACAAAUAAAAUAUCGUAUUAUC